UUAAAAGAAAAAAAAAAAAAUAGAUGGGAUAGGUCAUUUGUAUAGGCAGUACUUUUGUUUGACUAAGGAAAAAGUACCAACCGUAGCUGAGAGCACCUGUUAUAUGUUAAUGGAAGAUUUCCCUUUUUAUAACCAAAAAAAAAAAAAAAAAAUUAAUUAAGAAAAGUGUUUAUCAUAGCUCUCUCUCUCUUCCCUUUGCUCCAUCUCCUCUGUCCCUAUAUCUCUAUCUAUAUAUCUAUAUAUAUUCACGACCUUAAAAGCCUCAAACCCCACAUCAAAAUAUCUCUUUUUUAUUUGUUCAUUGUUUUCUCUUAAUCCAUGGCGGGUGAUUUGCACGCGCUUCCCAAUUCCAACAGCGUCGGUGCCAGUAAGGAUAGCUCGAAGAAGGCGAAAGAGAAGAGGAAGAAGAAGAAGAAGCGCGGUGGUAGUAAGAAGAAGAUGACCGUUGAACAGACUCUGGCUUUCAAGUCAGUGAGCGAGUGGGUUUCUCAGGACCAGUCUUCUUUUGUCACUGCUGCUUCUUGCGUUGUUGAUGAUUUUGGGGUUCAGAAGAGUCUCGGCAGAGGUGGGGAGAAGCUGGUCUUCGAAUUGCAUUCUCAUUCUAAAUGCAGUGAUGGGUUUUUAUCGCCUUCCAAGCUUGUCGAAAGGGCUCAUGGAAAUGGGGUGAAAGUUCUUGCUCUGACAGAUCAUGAUACAAUGUAUGGCAUCAGUGAGGCUCUAGAUGCGGCUCGCAGAUUUGGGAUGAAGAUUAUUCCAGGUGUUGAAGUUAGCACAAUUUUCUCCCCAAGAGGAGACUCUGAAUCGGAUGAACCAGUUCAUGUUCUUGCAUACUACAGUAGCUGUGGACCAACAGGUUGUGAGAAGCUGGAAAAUUUUCUAGCUAAUAUAAGGGAUGGUCGAUAUAUUCGUGCGAAGAAUAUGAUUGAAAAAUUGAACAAGCUCAAGCUAUCUCUUACGUGGGAACAGGUUGCUAGAAUUGCAGGCAAGGGAGUUGCUCCUGGGAGAGUGCAUGUGGCGCGUGCUAUGGUUGAAGCAGGUCAUGUGGUGAAUCUGAAAGAAGCUUUUAGUCGAUAUCUUUUUGAUGGUGGACCUGCUUAUUCUACGGGAAGUGAGCCGCUUGCCGAGGAAGCAGUGAAAGUGAUUUGUGAAACAGGAGGUGUGGCAGUGUUAGCUCAUCCUUGGGCAUUGAAAAAUCCCGUGGCCAUUAUUAGGAGGUUAAAAGAAGCCGGCCUUCAUGGGAUAGAGGUUUUCAGAAGUGACGGAAGACUAUCUGUCUACAGUGAUCUAGCUGAUACUUAUGGUCUACUGAAGAUUGGAGGGUCAGACUAUCACGGACGAGGCGGACAUGGCGAAUCUGAACUAGGCAGCGUAAAUCUUCCGGUGUUGGUUCUGCAUGAAUUUCUCAAAGUAGCUCGGCCCAUAUGGCACAGUGCCAUCAGAGACAUAUUAGAGAAAUGUGCUGAAGACCCUUCAGAAUCAAACCUAGCAAGAAUUAUGAAGUUUGCAAGGAUACCAUCUUUGAAAGGAGGUUUCUCCUUGAACUCCAACAAAGACGUAAUUGAUCGGUGCUUAUCCUUGUGGUUAACCAAUGAAGAAAGGAAUAGUGCAGAGUUUGAGGCUAUAAGUUUGAAGCUUUCUCAGAUUUCAUUUAAUCAGGGAGGAUCAACCUUACUAUAAAGAAGUAAAUAUUCAUGAAAAAUUUGGUAUACAUGUUACCAUUGCCUUCCAUGUAGCUGAAAUCCAAUUUAUCUAGAUUUUCUAGUUUUGCACUAUUGAAGAAAGCAUUAGUUACUCCUUUUUCUUUCUGUUAUUUUUCUUUUUUGGUUCAUUUUGGGAAUUGCCAUACAUGUUUAGCAUUUAAAGAAUCUCAGAAUGCAUAAGAAACUUCAUUUUGUCAUGCAACUUACUUGACAUACUGAUAGUGUAUUCAGUUGAUUGCUAAAAUUAAUUUAUAAAACAAAACUAGUUUUUACCCUUCCA